AUUCUCUCCUGACUGCACCGAGACGGAGGAGGGUACUUUCGACGCCUCGUCCCGCUUCUCGUCAGCUCUGGAAGGAAACACGUUCGGAGCGCGCCUCCGUGGACGAGGGAGCCCGAUAAACGUUCACGCGACCCCGAGGUGGUCAGGAUGCACCCGGAGCGCACUGUGUUUUACUUCAACGGGGGUGCUUUCACAAGCCAACGGAGCGCAACGACCCUCCCACGGCCGGUGGUCGCGUGGCCACGACUUGGAGAACGACCGUAUGGUGUUCGUCGCAACCCCCACAGGCCGCUUGCUGCUUAAUGCAAACGGAUUGCUUGGGGCUGGCAGCGCUUUAGAUCCAUCACUGCUGUGGAACGGAACGCGAAACAAACCGGUCAGUCGGUGUCUUCUCGACAGAAGGCGAGGGGAAUGUUUUGUCCCGCGGAUUUUAGAAAACUUUACCGUCAACAAGUCGCGAGCGAGAAGAAUACAGGCAAUACAUCCGCGUGUGACCUGUGAUCGCGUCUCGUGCCCGAUCGCGACAUCAUGUCGCGGCAGCGGAAACGCGCGCUCCUCCGGAUACUUCAAAUCGUCGUGUGCCUCGGAAUCGUUUCGUUGACGCUGAAACUGUCCCUGGCCGUCAUCGGCGACGAGAGCAGGCCCCUUCCCACAGACGACGACCUGAGAAAACUGAUGAUCGAGGCCGAGGCGGACAAUACCCGGCGAUCGUUGAACGUCGAAAGAGUGUGCAAGAAGUACAACUUAGGAUUCUAUAGGAAGCUCGUCGAUAACUCGCCGUUCAAGCAUCCGCCCGCUCCGCAGUACACCGUCUUCUAUAUGGACAGAGUGCACAACAUAUCGUACUGCCCGGUGUACAAGGCCGGCACCACGACCUGGCUGUACAACCUCUGCCUGUUGAUGAACGUGCCCGAGGAGACGCUCAACAGCGGCAAGGAGCAGUUGUCGACCAUCGCCAGGAGGGCGAUACCGGAGCUCGAGUAUCCCGAGGCCGAUCGCGUUCUGAACGCGAGCCGACGGCUGCUCGUCGUGCGGCAUCCGUUCGAGAGGCUGCUGAGCGCCUAUCGUGACAAACUGGAGAACUCCGUCGCCGGACGGGAACACGGGACGCUUCACUUCUAUCGCAAAUACGGGACCAAGAUCGUGCGGAGGUAUCGCAAGGUAAACUUCACGGGGCCACGACCGGAUCAGGUGAUCCGACGUGAGGGUGUACCACCGCCAGCCGGGGUGGAGCCAACUUUCCGAGAGUUCGUCGAUUACCUGAUCGGAACCGACCUAGGCAGUUACGGCGACGAUCAUUGGAUGCCAUAUUACCUCUUCUGCACGCCGUGCCUCGUCAAAUACAACAUCAUCGCGAAGGUGGAAUCGCUUUGGCGAGAUCAGGUGUACGCGAUCAAUAAGUUGGGAUUGCAGGACAAGAUCAAGCCCAGGUGGAGGCACAGCAACAGUUACGCUAACGCCUCCAGGAUAUACUUCAGCCAGCUGAACAGAGCGACGGUGCAGAGACUGUACGAGAAGCUGAGGCUGGACUUCGAGCUAUUCGAUUACUCGCCCGAUGCUUACUAUGAAUACGCUACGUCUGCUGAUUAAUUAAAAUCGAUCGAGUAUAACGAGCUCUGCGUGGGCAGCUACAAUUUUAUAGUAAUACAAUUAUCGUGUCUCUCCCGUGAUGUGAACCGCUGAUGUAAACCACUGACGGCGCGGAGACCGGGCACCUCCGCGUUCGUGAGAUUUUUUUUUUUUUUAAGAAAAAAAAGAGAGAUACCUCAAGCCUGAUACACGCGCACACGUAAUCCCGAUAAUUGAUGGCGCUCAAAUCACGUUACGUCACGCGACGAACUUUUGUCGACGACGAAAAUCGAUCGACCUACUUCCCAUACCUAAUGUAUCGGACCGGGGCGGUUUGUCCUAAAGUCAAGGGUCCUCGAGCGAACGCGUUAAUCGUCAGAGAUUACGAAGCAGGGCAUUACCCUGCUGACACGCGGCAGAAACGCGGCCGAGUGAAUCUCACGCGAAUUUCCCGCGGAGUCACAUCUAAAUGAAUUUCUUCAAAGAAUGACGUCAUGAUUUUUUCCAACGGUGAUAUAUUAAAGUUUACACGGAAAGAAGGGCUUUGCUGAAAUGUCUAUUGAAAAGUUGCAAGAUGCAGAUAUGAAAAUAAUUUCGUCGGACUAUCAUAACAAUUGUGUGAAACGCUCAAAUUGAUUAAUAGAAUAUCAACAACCUUGCUUAUCAUGCCUGAAUGUCCUACAAAAUUAUUUUCAAAUCUAUCUAUAUAAAAUUUUUAGAUAUUUCAGCAAAAUCAUUCGUUUUGCAUAUAAAUCCAGUUUCAAAUUAGUGGAAUUAAUUUAAAAAAUAAUACUUUCAUUUAAAUAUGCGCAAAGUAUUGCAUUUGCACGAAGUCCUCUCUAAAGAAUUAAUAACAUAACACGUUGUGUAAUAGAUUCGUACGCGCGUGAAA